CCUGUCCCCAAUCUACACGGAUCCACACCCUCACAGCACAUCUGCAUUUGACAUCCCGAAGUGUCCCUGGCCUGCAUGUGCAGGCUCGGGUGGGGCACUGCUGAGUCUGCCUCCCAGCCAGAUCCACCAUCCCUGCUCUGCUGGGGACUUGGGGCAGCUGGGAGCCCUGGGCUCUGGAGGCCUCAGGUUCUUGCUGGUGGAAGGAGGGAAGUUGGAAUCCUGCGCUCAUCCCUGGUGAGAAGCAGUGAGCCACAUUACGGAUGAGUGGGUUUCCAACGAGGCACAUGACACCCCCCAACACCGCAAUUCCCUGAGCCCCGCGGUCCCUGUGGCAGUCCCCAUCUUCCAGAUGGGAAGGCUGAAGAGUGAGCGCUGCAUGCAGGGGGUAAGUAUCCUGACAAACUGCUGCAGUGACCCCUGCACUGGGACAAGGACAGCAUCCUCACUGCACCCUCAUUCAGCCAGUGCUUGGCAGGGAAUGGGGCAGGAAGGCCCCUUCCCACCACCUUCCCACCCUUCCCACCCUCCCCGGCUGGCCCACUCCAUUGGAAUCCUGAGCUGCCCCUUCUGAUUGGCUGGGCACAGGACAAUGGGAAGGGCACUUGUGGGCCUCACCCCCCAGGCAGAAGAAACCAGGCCAGGUUCGUGUGUGCUGGGCAGGGGCUGUGGGGAUGGAGGGUCCCUUGGGUCCAGAUGGGCACCUUAUUAGAGGGCAUCAAGCAAGGGCAACUCCUGAGGGGGGGGGCAGUUUCUCUCUGGGUGCUGUUAUCAGUCCCAGCAUCCACAGGACGCUCUUUGGGUUAAUGUGUGACCAUGACCUCUUUCCUCCUCAUCCUGACUCACCAGCUUCCAGGUACAGGCCACUCUGGCAUCGUACCAGCAUGGAGAGUGGGAAGGAAGUGCUGCUCCUGAAGACGCUCCUAGUCCAACACCAACAGGCCCGCAGAUGGCUGAGCCCCUUCAUCGUCACCUGUUCCAUCUACUUCCUCCUCUGGAUUCCUGAGAGCCAGUCGACCUGGGUCAGCGCCCUGGUCAGGAGCCUGCCUGUGCUCUCCCUGGUGGCGUACCCGUGGGCCCUGGCCUCUGGCGGGAGCUACGCCUGGCUUCUCCAGGGAGGCCUUGUGUGCUCGGCUGUGGGGAACGCCUGCCUCAUGUGGCCCGAGGCCUUCCUGCAUGGUGUGACCGCCUUUGCUGCUGCCCACUUCCUGUAUUUCUGUGCCUUCGGGCUCUCCCCGCUGCAGCCGGCCCUGCUGCUGCUCACCAUCCUGGCCUCUGUGGUGUACUACGGCCUGCUUCUGCUGCACCUUGAGCCGGACAUGUUCCUGCCAGUGGCAGGCUACAUGCUGGUGGUGUCCGCCAUGCUAUGGCGUGGCCUGGCCCAGGGUGGGAGUGCAGGCUGGGGCGUUCUGCUCCUCGCGCUUUCUGAUGCCAUGCUGGCCUGGGAUGUCUUUGUCCCCCUGCCCUACGCCCGCCUGGUGACCAUGUCCACCUACUACUUAGCCCAGCUGCUCAUCACCCUGUCAGUCAAGAGCCUAGAGCUCAAGAACGACUGACCAGGAGCCAGAUGCCCAGUCCCCUCCCUCCCCUCCCCCAGAGACGGACCCAGCCUGAGAAACACCCUCACGGCCAAGCCUCGGGUGCAGCUGCAGUGCUGUCUGUCUCGAGACGCCUGUGUGCUCUUGGCAUUCCAAGCCUGCCGCUGGGUUCAAGCUUCCUUCCCUGGGUUCUGGCUCUGGACUCUGGGCCUCUCGGCCAGACCCGUAUUCUGCCUUCCCCUGUCUCCCCACCAUCUGCCCCUUCCCACGGCUCCCAUCUGUCUUCUCGUUGCCAAGUAAAGUGGGAAUUGAAACA